AUGAUCAUACGGGCGCUUGGCCGGGGCGAGGCGGGCGCGGCUCGCUGCGGCGCGGCAGCAGCGACAUGCACGAAGGAAACAUCGUGCAGAUGCCGCACGACUGCACACAGUCAGAUUAAUAUUGUGCUUAUAGCUGCGACAGUAUGUACGAAAGCAGGGAAAGCAUUAGUGUCUCGGCAGUUUGUAGAGAUGACGAAAGCACGUAUAGAAGGGUUAUUAGCAGCCUUUCCGAAACUAAUGACCGGUGGAAGGCAACAUACUUUUGUAGAGACAGAAUCUGUCAGAUAUGUGUAUCAGCCGUUGGAUAAGUUAUAUAUGUUGCUAAUUACAACUAAGGCUAGUAACAUUUUAGAAGACUUGGAAACAUUGCGGCUGUUCAGUAGAGUUGUACCAGAGUAUUGCACUCAACUAACAGAGACGGAAGUGUUGAACCAAGCUUUCAAUUUGCUGUUUGCAUUUGACGAGAUUGUGGCACUUGGUUACAGGGAGAGUGUCAAUUUGGCGCAGGUUCGCUCAUUUGUUGAGAUGGACUCACAUGAAGAGAAAAUCUACCAAGCAGUGAGACAGACACAAGAACGUGAAGCUGCGAACCGUAUGCGCGAGCGUGCGAAGGAAUUACAGCGAGAGAGACUGGAGGCGGCCAAACGUGGGCAGACUCCGCGCUCCAGCACCGCAUUCAGCGGUGGUUUCGGUAAUUCCUCUCUGGCAUCAGUCACCAUGUCAUCAAGCUCUCCGAUAGCUGAGAAGUUGCCCACUACACCGGUUCGUGAAACACAAGCGGCAAGUUCAGCAAUGAAGUUGUCAUCUCGCGGUGCAGAUGUAGACUCAUUCGUAUCUCGUCUUGCCAAGGAAGGUGAUGUGGCCGCCCUCACGCCGCAAGUCACUACUGUUGCUAAGGACAAGGCACCUAUACCUGCCGACCAUAAAGAUGUGCAUUUACGAUUUGAGGAACGUUUGAGCCUCACCCUAGGACGAGAUGGAGAUAUACAGAACUUUGAACUCUCAGGUCUUUUGACGCUCCGCAUAGUUAAUGAGCAGUAUGGACGUAUACAUGUACAUAUUGAUAACAAGGAUACAAGACCUCUGCAGUUACAGACUCAUCCAAACGUAGACAAGGAGGCGUUCCGAUCUAGCGGGGUCAUAGGUUUAAAACAAGUCCAGCGACCGUUCCCCAUGCACAGUGAUGUCGGCGUACUCAAAUGGCGGCUCACCACCGGCAAUGAUGACAAACUGGCUCCCCUCUCAGUGAACUGUUGGCCAUCUGAGGGCGCUAAUGGCGGUUGUGACGUCAACAUUGAAUACGAGCUGGAGCAAGACCAUUUAGUGUUAACCGAUGUUGUCAUCAACAUUCCAUUGCCAUCUGGCAACACUUCGGUAGUUGUCCACCAAUGGGAGGGCAGCUACUCGCAAAAAGGCCGCACUUUGUUGUGGAGCAUUCCAGUUGUCAACAGACAACAAAAAACUGGCAGUUUGGAGUUCACUGUAACACCAGCGAUACCGAACGACUUCUUCCCGAUAACUGUCACUUGGACAUCUGAAACAUCGCUGGCACAACUGACAGCUGUCAAAGUGACGCAAGCCGAGGACGGCUCCCCCGUAGACUUUUCGCAGGACAUCAGCUUCCGACCCGAUAAAUACGAAGUCGUUUAAUAAAAACUAUUUUCAAAUAAACUUUUUAGUGGUAAGAUACUUUUUAUUAAGUUAAAUUUUAUUACAAUAGUUAAAAAAAAAUUACAUAUUACAUAUUAUGUUUGUCAAAAUGUAACAUAGAAAUUUGGCGCCAU